GCCACCGUUUCGCCCUAUAAAAGAGCGAGGCAUCGACCAAUUCAGCAAUCAGUUGUCGAUCCAAAAGGAACAUGAAGACCUUUAUUCUUUUGGCAUUCUGUGCUCUGGCCGCUUCGGCCUACGCUUUGGAGGAGUCCGACCGCGUCAAUGGCGAGAACGGCUGGUACGUUCCCCAGUAUGACGGCACCUUCGAGUGGGUGGACAAGGACGUCGCAGAUGAGUGGAUGGAGCAGCAGGAACGCCUGGAGUCCCGUGGCCUGACCACCGUGCCCGUCUCGUUCUACCUGUACACUUCCUCCAACCCCAGCAAGGGCACGAAGAUCACCGCCACCACCAAGUCUGUCGAUAAAUCCAACUUCAACGCUGACCACCCCACCCGCUUCGUCAUCCACGGCUGGACCCAGAGCUACGUCGCGAGCAUGAAUAAGGGCAUCCGCGCCGCCUGGCUGUCCAAGGGCGAUUACAACGUGAUCGUCGUUGACUGGGCCCGUGCCCGUUCCAUUGACUACGCCACCUCGGUGAUGGCUGUCGCUGCCACCGGCAAGAAGGUCGCCAAAAUGAUCAACUUCCUGCACUCCGAGUACCACUUGUCUCUGGACGACCUCUACGUCAUUGGCCAUAGUCUCGGAGCCCACGUUGCUGGCUACGCUGGCAAGAACACCGACGGCCAGGUGCACACAAUCAUCGGUCUGGACCCCGCACUUCCCCUCUUCAGCUACAACUCGCCCAACAAGCGUCUCUCCAGCGAUGAUGCCCACUAUGUGGAGUCCAUCCAGACCAACGGCGGCACCCUCGGCUUCCUGAAGCCCAUCGGCAAGGGCGCCUUCUACCCCAACGGCGGUAAGACCCAGCCCGGCUGCCCUCUGGACGUUACUGGCGCCUGCUCCCACGGCCGCUCCACCACCUAUUACGCCGAGGCCGUGUCCGAGGACAACUUCGGAACCCACAAGUGCAACGACUACGAGGCAGCCGUCUCCAAGGAUUGCGGCAGCACCUACAGCAGCGUCCGCAUGGGAGCCGACACCAAUGCCUACAUGGUUGCCGGUGACUUCUAUGUGCCCGUGAACAGCAAGGCCCCCUUCGGCAUGAUUAACUAAGCGAACAUUAAUAAAAACCUUACAUCAAUCCAA